AUGUCUCGCUUCUUGCCGAUUCUGCUUCUGCCUGCGCUAGGCGCUUUGGCUCAGAGCCCUUCCUAUGAUUACAUCGUUGCUGGGGCAGGACCAGCUGGCAUCAUCGUUGCUGAGAGACUUGCAGAAAGUGGCGCUAGCGUUAUCCUACUUGAACGCGGUAACGCAUCGACAUACAGUUCUGGAGGCCGCGACAUCCUAUCAUGGAACGACACCCUCACACAGUAUGAUGUUCCUGGUGUCCGACACUACAUCAAGACCAGCUUCUCAGACACGAGCGAAUACUGCACAGAUACUCCUGGCAAUGCAGGAUGCAUCCUCGGGGGUGGUACCAUGGUCAACCAGCUUGCCUACGUGCCGCCGCAGAAUGUAGACUUUGACGACAAAUGGCCUGUCGGCUGGAGAUGGAACGAUGUUGCCAGUGCAGCGGAGAAAGUUCAUUCACGCAAUCCUGGUACCACCAAUCCUUCUGCAGAUGGUAUUCACUACGAUCAAACAUCAUACGAUGUGUUCGCCAACUUCUUCAAGACGCAAGGUUACACUCCUGCUGAUGCCAUUGCCGAGCCCAAUCUCAAGCACAAUGUCUACAGUCAUGCGCCCUACAAUGUCAAGGACGGUCUUGUCGCGGGUCCCGUCUUGACAUACCUUCCGUUAGCACAAGCGCUGCCCAACUUCAAACUCCAACUCCAUACUAAGGUCAUCCGCGCUGUCAGAAAUGGUUCUGCUGUAUCUGGCGUCGAGGUUGAGGUUGAUGGUCAACGUCAAAUUAUCAAUGUCAAUGCUGGCGGGAGAGUCAUUCUCGCAUCUGGCGUUUUCUCUACACCUCGCAUCCUGUUCAACAGCGGCAUUGGACCAAACGAUCAACUCCAGAUUGUCGCGGGCAAUACCACCACAAAUGUCACUCUCCCACCGAGCUCAGACUGGAUCAAUUUGCCAGUCGGUCAAGGUAUUAAGGAUCACAUGAUUGUGACUCUCAACUUUAACACUACCCAGCCUGUUGACUUCCUUGACACAUCCUACUUCAUCAGCCCUUCAUCAAACAUCACGGAUAUGUACAGUCAUGGCAACGGUAUUCUUACUCAAGGCUACCAGCGUUUCACAUUCUGGACUUCCAACACCACAUCUGAUGGCAGCGUCCGCUUCUUCCAAGGCACAUGCUACGCAAGCGGCCAGAAUACAGUAUCAAUGAAGCUCUAUCUCACCCAUGGACUUACCUCGAGCGGAGCCAUCGGCAUCACCGCAGCUGGAAACACUGUCUACACCGUCAAGCCGUAUCAGAACACUGCCGAGGACAAGUAUGCUAUUGCUUCAUUCAUCGACAAUCUGCUUGUCCAGACUCGCAAGCCAGACUCUGUUCUGAUCUACGCUGGUGCCUCUACCGACAGUGGAGCCUCUCUGUCCAAGGUCUAUACAGGCGGUAGUCACUGGGUAUCUACUGCCAGGAUGGGAAUCGAUGACGGUCGCAUCAACAAUGGCACAUCGGUCGUCGAUCUUGACACCAGAGUCUACGGUACCGACAACCUCUUUGUUGUCGACGCUUCGAUGCACCCCGAUCUCCCUACUGGUAACUUGCAGGCUUCUGUGCAGAUUGUCGCUGAAGCAGCAGCUGCCAAAAUUCUUGCUCUACCCAAAAGGUCCUCUUCCACUUCUCAAUCUGCCAGUUCGACUUCCUCGAGCUCGGGCAGACCGUCCUCUGUCGACACUUCCUCAAGCACAUCUGUUCAAUUGUCUGCAUCAGUUGCGAGCACACUCGCUACUUCUGCACACAGCUCAUCCGCCUCGUCAGCAUCAUCAACUUCUUCCUCCAUCACACCAAACCCCACCAACCCAACUUGCCCACUGUCGAACAGCACAACCUUCACUGCUAAGAGUGGCGCUGUUUUCAUGAUCGAGUGCUACUUGGACCGUGCCGGUCAUGACAUGGCAUCUGUUGAUGUGCCUACCAAUCGCAUUGCCGACUGUAUCAACAAGUGCGAUGCUCUGCCUGGAUGUGUUGACAUCUCCAUGUCUGGCACCGCUUGUUACAUGAAGAAAGCUAUCGGGGACAGGAUUGUGCAGAGCAAGUACAUUCGAGGCGCUCGUCUUAUCUCGAAAGCUCCGUCAGCUUAG